CUCCCUCUGCUGAUUUUCACCAGGAACAAUCGCUCUGGUCUGUCGGCAAGCCGUGAAAAAGCGAGGAGAAUCUCUUUGGGCAUCAUGGAUGAUGACUUCGACCGCCGCAUGGAGCUGAGGAGGCAGAGGAGAGAGCAGAUGCGCCUCGAGGCUGAAAGUGUGGGUUGUACUAACGACGAUGAUGAAGAAGAAGCUCGGGAGCGAAGGCGACGUGCGAGAGAGGAGAGGAAGAGGAUGAAGGACGCAGAGGAGUCUGGCACCACUGAUGUGAUUAACACUAACAGUGUGACGGAGACCGAGUCCAGCACGGGGGCCGGUGCCGAUGAUGACCAGGUUUUGCUGGAGCGUCUGGCUAAGAGGGAGGAGCGAAGGCAGAAAAGGAUGAAGGAGGCCAUGGAGAGACAGAGGGAGCUUGACCCGACUAUCGGCGACGCUAACGGGACGGACAGCGCGCUGGAAGAGCAGUCCGCCAUCAGCAGCAGCAGCAGAGAGAGACAUUCACAGGAAGUGGAGGAGGAGGAAGAGAAACCAGCCAAAGAGGAGGUGGCAGACACUGAUACAAACUCCUGGAGGAAAGAGGAAGAGGAGACGAAGGAAGAUGAGAAGGAAUCAGUUGAGGAAUCAAGAACAGCAGCAACAAAUGAGGAGGAGACAGAGGAGAAGGUUGAAGCAACAGAAGAGGAGGAGCAGCAGCCCGAUUUAGGGCAAAAAGAUGCUGAAGAGGAAGCUGAUGCUGACAAGGAGGAAGAAGAAAGGAAGAGGAAAGAAGAGGAGGAAAAACAGCAAAAAGAAAUGGAGGAAAAGCUGAGGAUAGAAGAGGAAGAAAAGCAAAAGAGGGAAAUGGAGGAAAAGCUCAAGAAAGAGAAGAAAGAGGAGGAGGAGAGGCGGAAGAAGGAGAUGGAAGAGAAGAAGAAAGAAGAGGAGGAAAAGCGGAAAAAGGAGGCCGACGAAAAGAAGAAAAAAGAGGAGGAGGACAAGCGCAAAAAGAGGGAGAUGGAAGAGAAGAAGAAGAAAGAGGAGGAGGAGAAGCCGAAGAGAUUUGGUUUCAAGGAAAAGAGUGAACCAGCCAAACUGAACGGAUCUCUCAUCGAGAGUAAACUUAAGAAAGCAGAGAAGACAACAAGGGACGCUGCAUCCACCAAGGCAGAGGACUUGGAGCGACUGGAGGCUGAGCGUAAGCUGCAGGAACUGAAGCGUCGACGAAACAAUGCGGAAAGCGAGGAGCUCGAGAAGAUGAAGCUGAAGCAGCAGGGCGCAGAGGCCGAGCUGGAGGAGCUGAAGAAGAAGAGAGAGGAGAGGAGGAAGAUCAUGGAAGAGGAGGAGAGGCAGAAGAAACAGGAGCUGGAGGACAAGAAAGCCAAAGAACAGGAGGAGAGGAAGAGGAUGAAGGAGGAGAUAGAAAAGAGGAGGGCGGAGGCUGCAGAGAAGAAGAAACAGAUGGAGGAAGGAUCUCCAAAACCUGCCUUUGCCAUCACCCCCAAAGGCUCCUCGAAGAUCGGAGAGAAGGCAGAAUUCUUGAACAAAUCAGCCCAGAAAAGCACCCCAUCCAGAGUGUCUCACACUCCAAUUGUCUCCAAGAUAGGCAACAGAAUGGACCAGUAUGCCUCAGCCAUCCAGGGAAACAAAGAAGCCAAAUCUCCCAAGUCUCCAAUGGCAGAUAUUCCUACAGGAGGCACUCGCAGUAUCAAGAGCAUGUGGGAGAAAGGCAACGUCGGUGGCUCCUCUGAAAGUCCAUCCCCAGCCAGCAAGGAUUUGGCUGGCAUCAAAGGAGGCGUGUCUGGACGUGUGAACAGUUGGAUGGCGAAGCCUGCGGAGGCGGAGAAGACAGCAGCAGCACCUGCACCUGAACCGGCAGCAGCAGCAUCACCAGCAACAGCAAAGCCAGCAGAUGUGAAACCAGGUGACAUUGGUAACAAGCGUGGCAUGUGGGAAACCAAGAAGGUCUCUACACCUGCCAAGGUGGCGUUCGGAGGGAGGGGCAAGUUUGCCACUAAUGCAGGCGCAAGACCCUAACCGUUGACCUCCCUAUUUAAAUCAAGCCUUACCUGACCAAACACAAGGCUCUGCUACUGUACGUGCAUCCAUUUCCUGUCAACAUACCUGUAUUUCACGCAUGAAGCUCACACCCGAAUGAGGAGACGACGAGGGACCAGGAUGAGUAACUUUUGCGCUGUCCCCAAAUCCCUGAAUAUGUCAGACCUAGUAAGGGUUUUCAGGACACAGUAUCACAUGUUAAAGGCUUUACAGACGAUGGCUGUCCAGAUGGUUAAAUGUUAUACUGCUUUUCUAGCCACGCUGACUUGCCUGCUCUUCCUGUAGUGUAUUCAUGUCAUUUGUGUCACACUCAUACAAACUCACUGCUUUUAGGAAUGAUAGUCACUGUUUUGACUCAAUGUGAUAAACGAGGCUGAGCAUUGUUGAACUCACGGCUCUCUUUAGGAUUGUUUAAGUGUACUGCUAUGAUGUUGGGUGUUUAACCUGCACAUAAUUGAGUCAUUUAAGAAGACCUUACCACAAGUAUCUCUAAAGUCGCCUGUCUAAACUGGGUGGAUUUAGACAAGCCUUUGGAAAGACAUUAACAAUUCCCAAAGCCUGAAGCCCCUUACUGAGUGUUCCACUGACCUUUCGUCUAAUGUUCGCGUGGUUUUAAAUGAAAUGAUUCCCCUGGGGAGGAAUCAUAAUGUCUUUGGUGAUCUUCUAACCUUUCAUUAAAUGCCACCAUCAGCGAAGAUUUGAAGUAAACACCUGCAGAAUAACUUUGUUUCAGUCUUGUUUGUAGUUGAUAUUGAGCCAUCACUAUUAUACUGAGACAAUUUCAGAACCAGUUUAAAGGGUUUUUUUGGUGCCUUUUAAUCAGACUGCUUGACCACUUACCUCUAAGGAAAGUUUUGCAUCAACUUAUCAACAUUUAAAACUGCAAUGUGGAUGUAUUAUUAUAAAAAAACUAUGCUUUAUUAAUGACUUAUUAGCUUUUAUAAAUGCAGACUUGUUAGAAAAUGAUUCCCAUUAGUUAUACAGUUUUUAAAUCACUUGUAAAGGCUUCCUCAUUAUAAAGUGGUCUGCAGAAAUCCACCACCUCGAGCCAGAAGAUAAUACCAGUGGCAGUUUCAGCUGUUAUGUAAUACAGCCUGCAGGCGGAUCAAUUUUUCCAUCAACAACAUCUGUUGUUGUUGUUGUUGUUACCUUUUUGACCCUUGGCAGUUGAAAAAUCACAUCAUCGUGUACUACAAGCACCAAGAAAGUCUAUGCAAUACACGCGCAACAGCUAUUCAGUGACCAAAUGAAGCAGGUAGCAGUCUUGCUUAUCUAUCAUCAAUUUACACGCCACUCGCUUUGUAGUUUGCUCGCCUCGCGGUAGAAAUAAGGGUUUAUAUGCACUCUGUUUUAGCGAUGCCUGUAAUUAAAUUGUACCCUGGUGUUCCUGUCAGUGAGCUGAGUCCCACCAACAUGCGUUUUUUAGGCUUUCAGUAUUGUUAUAGUGCAUCGCUCUGUUUGAAUGUUUGAAAUUAUUGUUUGCUGUUGCUCCAGCAAUAAAAAAAAAGAAGCAAAAAAAAAAAAAAA